UGUCUUUGUUCGAUGUUAUUAAUGAAUUAUGAGGAGAUAAAAAUUAUUAAUAAUGUUUAUUAGUGAUUUUUGGAGUUCUGUAUUAAGAUAAGAAGUUUUUUAAAAUGGGUCAGGGUUGUUCCUGUAAUGAAACUUGGUGCAGUCUGAUGUCAAAAUUACAGUCAUCCGCCGAAGAGAGAAAGAGUAACAGAAGCGAUUCCAAUAAUAGACCGAAAUGUUUAAGGCUUAGAAGACGUAUUCAUAAAGGAAAAUGCAAUUGUAAAACAAAAUGUGAACAAGAGACAUUGAUCAACAUUGGAACGCAUUGUGGUAAAUCUAUGCAAGAGUCACGUAAAAAGCCUUGCCAAGUCCAUUUCUGGAAGGCAUCCGGAGAACCGCCUACCAAAUGUUGUUCUCAGAAAAGUCCACAAAAUUUGACAUCGAAAAAUAUUUGUCGUUUUACCGUUGAUGCUUAUUUUAAUUAAAACAUUUUAACUGCCAA